UACACCUACAUGCUAUCCAUUUGACUAGUUAAACUAGCUCCAGCAGGGCUUUAGAUUUCCCAGGUGUGUUUGAUACUGGGCAAAGUAUGAACCAGAAAGCCAAUGCACAGGAUAAAUGGGCCCAAACCGGAUGGAGAAUAGAGCAGAAGUAUGCAAACAAAGUGUUGUUAGGCAACUGGGCUGAAGAAAGACUUCAGUUCACUCGCAAGCCAAAGAUAGCCUACAGCACCAGUUCUGUAGACUACCGACCCCACAGGGAUUUCAAGCCAGACAUCUCUGAGAGAAGAUCUGCCCUGCUGAGAGCUGAGGGGCUUCCAUCUAAGACGAUUUUUGGGCACCAUGACCAGCCAUCCUCACAUUAUCUGGUCACACAGUAUGCGGAAAGCUACGGGCGUAACCUCAUCAAUGCUUUGCCCACUCUGCAACACAGACAUGCAGACAACUUGACACAAAAGCCCGAGAGGUCUGACCAGCUGACUUCUGCACUUCCAAACAACUUUGGCCCGCUGCAGACCACAAAUCACCAUUUUGAAAUACAGCAGUCACACCUUCCAUCUCUGACUGAGUACAGGUCAGCAUACCAGAGGCAACCACUUAGUGCCUUCUGCCAGAGCCGCUUUGCCAAGGCUUCACACAUGCUCUCCAGCCACCUCUAUGAAGCCAAUCGUAACAACAAGGAUCUGGAUCUGAGACAGCACUUGAUCCUACAAGUCCCGGAUCAUUAUUUCAGCCUAUGUCCACCAUCACAACAGGCUUAAUUUCAGUAUUGUAGCUAUGAAACUGCCUCCAAUACUGGUUAAUUUAGAAGCUGUGUUUGUGAAUUCCCUUUUUCCGUAGUUGGCAACAAGUAAAACCCUAACUCAACAGACCAUUUGGGGAAAUCAAAUGGAUUUUAAAAAAUUAAAGACAAUUCUCAUUACCUUGUGAGGACUACUGUAGAUUUACGCUGGUGAGUUGCUUUAGCAUUUAAAUGUGUGAGAGGGAGAAAGGGAUGGGACUAUAAAUUAUCUCCACCCUUUCAGAACAUAAUUACAUGCAAGUUCUUUCUCUGCGCAGAGUGUAUGUGAAACUGGAAAUGGGCUGUUAGUAUUAGUCUAGAUACUCUGCGGGAGAAAUAAAUAAAUAAAAAUACUGUUGAUGCCAGAACUGAUCUGGGUAUUUAGGUAAAACAGAAGCAAUGAGUCAUCCAAGGCAAUGUCUGAAGGGAUGUGUCUAACUCCCAUUCCAUUAGGUGUUUAAUUACAGAGAAUCAAAGUGUUUAAUUAGGAAGAAUCAAAGAUGCUUAUGUUUGAUGGUCAACCAUCUGCGUCUGCCUCCCUUUUUCCCACUUGCCUGCUGCCUUCCAGUGUAGCUCUGUUUCACCCACUGUUAGCUAGUUAGUCUCUCUACUGUGCUGCUGAUGCCCGUGUGUCACAUGACACCCUUGGGUUAUGAGAAAUCUUCAACACAACACGUCUUACCAAAGAACGGCUGUAUUUGCCUCUGAGCCACACGAUGGUGCUAUAGCAACACGUCACUCUCGCUGUCUUUUAAGUCCUUGCCUUUACAGUCUGUAUGGUGAGGAACUUAAUUGUACAUGAAGAAACAAUGAGGGAUUUAAUAUUUGCAUCAUUCUUAUGCAUAUUCAGUUGUUAAUGUAAUCAACACAGUAAAAUAAACCACACAUAUUUAGAUUGAGCUUGUAUUAUUCUAUUACUUUUUACAAGUCACACAAACAGCAGAAUAGACAUCUUAAUAGAAUUAGUCACUAAGUGUGGAUUAAUAUUCACUGAAUGACAAAUUUCUAAAUUCCUCUGAUGUUUAUAAAACAAUAGAUAACAAAGUGAAGAUAUCAUUUGGUACAAUGAGCUGAGGAUGUUCUUAAUCUUAUUCACAUUGAAAACAAAUACACAUCUUUCUUGCCACCAUAGAAGGUGACUGAAAUGACAGAAAUAACUACAAGUCUGAGUGUUUCAGUGCAGUGACAAAUGCUUUCGAAGCUUACCUAUUUAUAUUGCAUGGCAUACCCAUUUACAUCAUGUCAUAUCUAAAGAGCAACUGUAAGUAAUGACGUUGUAUUCAGGCCACUGUGUAAAAUAUAUUUGUGCCCUACACAAGGGGACACAGUAAUAGAUUAAAAUUAUAUUGUUAAAUUCUUGUUCAGUUAGCGCUGAAUGAUUUCGUUUACUCUGAUGCUUUUUUAUGAAUUAUCUUUGGAUUAAAGAGAUUAAGCAUCUGGGAUGAUAUAAAACUAACAUAAUAGCAAGAAGAAGUUGCAAAUCAAAGUAGCAAACAGUUUCAAUGGCAGCACAUCCUGUGUAAAUCUAGGUAAACAGUAGUUUGACUACCAUUAAGAGUCUUAUAAUUUACAUCUAUUGCCAAGAAUGAGACAUGAGGAAAACACAAUUCUUUCUGUAAUACGCAAUCCAAUAAAAAUAAAGUACUUUUAGAAACAGAUGCUUUCUUGCUUUGUGGAAAGGGAAUCUUUAUAACACUUCAAAAAUGAUAGAAAAGUGGUUGCAAUUUUGCAAUGAAAUUUGGGGCUGGGCUGAGUUGAACAUAAACCUGACCGAAGCAAAACUCACCCAGGCAACAAUAAACUUGAUGUAAAGCAUGCUCUUGUAAGGAUACUCAAUCACAAU